UUCUUUUUCUCUCUCGCAACAACCGCAUGGUGCGAGGUUUUUUGCGUGCUCCUGCAGAAGUCUUAAUAAGAAAUACCAAAAACAGUAAUUAUCACGAUGAACGCUGAAAAAUUGAAAAAAUUGGGAGCUGAGGUUCGCAUCGGCGGCAAGGGAAUGCCCCGAAGAAAAAAGAAGAUUGUGCACACAAGCUCUGCCGUUGACGACAAGAAAUUGCAAUUGUCCUUGAAGAAAUUAGGCGUCAACACAAUUCCCGGCAUCGAGGAAGUCAACAUGAUCAAGAACGACGGUACCGUCAUUCACUUCAACAAUCCGAAAACACAGGCAUCCCUUGCCACAAACACUUUCGCUAUCACUGGACACAGCGAAACAAAGCAAAUUACCGAGAUGUUGCCCAACAUUUUGCAACAAUUGGGUCCCGAAAAGUUGACACAAUUGAAGAAAAUCGCAAGCAACUUUGCUACAACCUCAGCUGCUGGAAACGAUAACGAUGACGACGAUGUGCCAGAAUUGACUGAAAACUUUGACGAAGCAUCAAAAACUGAAGUAGAAGAAGUAACUGCAAAGGUAGCAGAGAUUCCAGUCUCUUCGUAAAUCACAAAACCGUCGCCAAUCCAAAAGUUUUCGCGUGUUUUAAAGGCAAACAACUCAGUUCUCUCGUACAUUUAUUAUUACAUUUACAUCAAAAUACACAUACUGUUCAGACAAACUAUACAGAAACAAAUAAAUCAAGUUAUUAGGUCAGCAACAUUUUUAAUUAUUUGUACACUUAUGGUACUUUAUUUAGACUUUAAAGAAUUCAAUUGAGAAUAAAAGGAAUGCUCAUGCAUCAAAAAACUUGUCA